GCCACGGAGGAGGGUGGGGUCUUUCCCGUUCUGCUUCUAUUGGACGGGAGGGGACGUUCCCAUCAAUCAGAAGUGAGGGGGAAAGAGGGUAGUGAGGCGGUGCAGCGGGUGGAGGGACGUUGGCUGUGUCUCCAUGGCAACACGAGACGCUCUGGGGCUGGUAAACAUGCGGCUCGCGGCUUCCAGGCAGCUGCUAGGGGGCCCUGGAGGGAACAAAACGCCCCGGAGGAGGAAUCUGACUGGGUAAGAAAGAUCAGAAUUUUGAAAAAAUGAGUGAUGCUGGUGAAGAAAGUUCCAGUUCCAUUGACUCAGAACCAGAAACAGAGAAAGAGGAGCCUAUUUAUGCCAUAGCUCCAUCAAUUAAUAUCCAAAAUGAGGGAUCCAUUGAUGUAGCUGCAAGUCCUGCAUUUCAGUACCUAGAUGAGUUAUUUUCUGCUGGAAAGCUUCCAGGGACCAGAGUUGCUGAGCUGAAGGCGAAGUACACCGCUCUGCAUGAGACUGUGAUAAGUUUACAGGAGUCAGAGAUGCAGCUGUUGCAGGAUGCCAAACGUUUCACUGUAGAAAUAGAACAGCAGCAACAGGCACUGGAAAAAGCUGAUCAGUUCCCAGAAGGAUUUACCAGUGAAGUCUCCAGGAUGAGACAGCAACUUCUUAAAUAUCAGAAUGAAUAUACUGCUAUUAAAGAAAGAGAGUAUGAACUUCAGUACAAAUUGAACAGUUUACAAGAAGACAAAAGACUCCUGCAAAGGGAAUAUGAGAGAAUCCCCAAGCAAGGUGAGACAGAAAAGAAAAUGAAAGUGGUGAAAGACAACUGUGAAGAGCUCCGUAAAGAAACAAUCCAAAGGAGAAUGGAAAUUAAAGCAUUGAAGGAAGAUGUGACAUCCAAGCAAAGGCUGAUGUUAAGAGAACAGAAAGAAGUAGAGGAACUUCUUGAGCAGCAGGAUGACUUAAAAGAUGAGCUAGUUCGCCUUCAUGCUAUUCCUGUCCAGCUUGGAAAAGAAAUGGACAAGAUAAAACGCAAAACAUUAGAUGCAGAGAAGAAGAAAAAAAUUCUCGUUGACCAUGUUCAGGAGUUAAAUGAUGCCCUUAAAAAAAUGGAAAAAAAGAGUGAAGAAGUAUUGGAAGAAAAGGAAGAUGUAAUGAAGGAAUUGGAUGGAAAACGAGCUUUGCUUGAAAGCAAAGAGCGAGAAUUCAACCAUUUGACAAAGUUACUAGAAAUGAGCAAAGAGAAUGAAGCAACAGCCUUGGCAGACAGGGCUGUUCUGGAAAUUGGUUUACGUAACAGUCUCUUGGAGAAGCAAAAGCAGCAUGAUAAUCUGAUUUAUAAACAAAGAGAGAAAGAUAGAGAUUUGAGAAAUUUAAAAAAGAUGGAGAUGCAAUUGAAAAUCGCUUAUGAUUCCUUGGAACAAAUUAAAUUACUGCAUGAGAGGCUCACAUUAGAGGUAGAUGCUAUCCCUAAAGAUGAUGGGACAUUGGUGGAAAGAAGAAGAGAACUUCAAAAAGAAGUUGAAAUGAAUAAGAGAAAUCUGGCCCAGGAGAAAAUGACAACAGAUGUUGAGGCCCAUAUGUUAGAACAAUGUAUUGCUGAAGAAGAUCAGCUUUUUAAGGAGCAGGAACGCUGCAGAGAUGAGUUAGCCAGUCUUGCACGCCUAACUCAGGUCAAGGCUGAUGAGAGGGAACAGAAAUCUAAGGACUUCUUAAAAGCACAGAUAAGGCUCCACAACAUUAUUAAAGAGAUAAAAACAAAGGAACUUGAAAUAAGGGAAUAUAAGAAGAACAAGAAAGAAAUCCAAAGGCAACUCAAAGGAUUUGCUAAAAUGUAUGACAUUAUUCGAAAUGAGAGAAACAAAUGUGUAAACCUGGUGCACACUGCUCGCCAGAAAACAACUGAAAUUAACGAGAAGGUAAAAAUGCUAGAGAAUGAGAUGGAAAUUUUAAGGAGCAAUGUUAUAAUUAAAGAAAGAAAACUGCAGAAAAACCUUCUGAAGCAUUCAAAUAAUAUUGCAAUUAAAGACAGCAUCCAAAGUGAUGUCUGCAAAGUUAUUGCAACUCUGCAAGAGAUGAAGGAAAAGAGAGAGCAACAGUUACUGGAUGUCGACAGACUCACCAAUAUGCUCACCCACAUUGAAGAGGAAAUGGUGCAGCUACGCAAAAAAUAUGAAAGGGCUGUUUUGCGUCGAAAUGAGAGUGGUGUUUUGCUCAUAGAGCGAGAGGAAGAAAUAUGUAUUUUCUAUGAAAAAAUAAACAUUCAGGAGAUGAUGAAUAGAAAUGGCAAUAUUGAGAUACAAGUCAUGGAUGAAAAAAUCAGAUUUCUGAACCUGAAGCUAGCUGAGAAAAAGAGACAGAUUGAGUUGUCCCUGAAAAUACUGCCGAUGAAGAAUGCCUUGGAUGCAGAUCUGGUGGUACUUCAGAUUCAGUAUUCUCAGUGCAAGGACAGAAUUAAAAGUCUGGAGAAACACUUCGCUGAUCCUGAGGGGAAGAACAGAAAGCGAGUCCUGGAAGGGAAGGACCCAUCACUACCUGAACUGUUCAAAAAGAUUGAAGAGUUAGAAAUACAGCUGGUACAAAAGGAGGAGAAAUUGUUGGAGAAGGACUUCAUCUAUGAGCAAGUUUCCCGGCUAACAGAUAGACUCUGUACCAAGACAGAGAAUGGGAAGGAAGACACGCUGAUAUUAGCAAAACGGAUGAAUGAACUACAGCAGAAAAUAAAAGACAAAACCCAAAAGAUGAUGGCUCUUAUUGCGGAGUUAUCCAUGAAGCAAGCAAUUACCAUUAAACUGCAACAGGAAAUGAGGGACAAAGAACAAUUUUUGCUGACUGUCUCAUCAAGGAUAGAGAAAGGUCUCCCUCCUCCUAAAGAAACAGAGAUUGAGUGGCUGAAGGUAUUGCGCAAUGAGGAGAUGCAUAAAGCAGCAGCUGAAGCCAGAGAAAAGCGUGCUGCAGAAGAGGAACAGUAUGCCUUGCCAAACAGUAUCUAUACAACAGCGGAGCAGCGCCCCAAUGCAUACAUCCCAGACGAUGAAAAUGUUCUCCCUUUGCCACGUCCCUAUGGUGCUUUGGCUCCUUUCAAACCAACUGAACCUGGUUCAAAUAUGAGACACAUAAGAAAACCUAUUGUAAAGCCAAUUGAAAUCUGAACAAGUGAUCUGUUCCAUCUAAAUCAUAAGUCCAGUAGUAGCAAUUGAAUAUGCAAAGCCAACAGCUCAAUAUUGUAAAUGUUUUUAAAUGUUUGCUAGCAGUUUGCCAAAAUAUUCACACUGUAAACAAAAUAUUUUUAAAGCAGACAGUACAGUAUAGCUAAAUAGUCCCUGCAGCUAAUGGGGGUUCAGUAUGCAAAACAUAGCAGUGUUUUGAAAUGUUUAGAGGAGUGAACAAUAAUCAAAAUUGGUUUUUAACUUGUUAAUAAAUGCUUAUAAAGUACAAACAGGUACAAUAAAGAAGAAGAUUUUGUAGCAUUUUUUAAUAUUAACAUAAUUGAACUAUGACCUUAUUCAUUAUACAAAUAAAUCAAUAUGGGGAGCAGUUUGGACUGAAGAUAAUUGCCAGACAUGUCUGUUUAAAUAAAAAAAUGGCUUCUCUCUCACUACAGACCAGUGAGAAAGCUAAUCCUCCUUUAUUACUGAUGGCAACCGUAGUAGAGGGAACAAGUCCCAUUAUUGAGAAGGUGCAAGAGGGGAAGAAAGGGUGAAUGCUCUUGCAUACUGAGAAGUAAAGUGUAAGAAGGGCCCUGUUUCUGGGAGCUGAAUCUCUCUCAUUCAACACCAAAAAAUAGGUACACAAGUUUGGGACCAUACUCCCGUCUUUGAAACUAUGCUGAGAAAGGAUAACAAAGGUAGUUAUACAGAGAGCUAGAGGAACAUACUGGAAUUAAAAAGAAAAAAAAAAGUAACAUCAAAUUCAUUCUAGUUUCUACUUCUGAAACUUGGGCACACUUUUUUACCCAGUAAAUGGAAGUACAUCUUUUCCAUGCUAAUUCAGCAUGUCUGAAGUUCACAAAUUUUCCCUGUUUGGUACCAAAGCACUACUUUUUUUAAAUCGCUGUUAUAGCUCACAGCUAAAAAAAUAAAUAGGCUAGGUCAGUUCUGUAUAAAUAUAGCUGGGAACUGAAGGGAAAAAAAUCUGUAGCAAUUUUAAAAAAAAUCAAACACUUGAUCUAAAAACAUUAAAAGUCAUAGGGGCAGAAUUAAAUACAGUUCAUCAAAGCCACUGUAAAGAUAAGCUUCCAAAGAAGCUUUCUUCUCCUGCUGUAUUGUACAGUACAUCAUAAACAUCAGGAAAGGUUCUUAUACACAUUACAGAGAGUAAAUAUAUUAAAACCCAACUCCAAAGGCAUGGGGGCAGUACUGUAAAGAGAUGUACCGUCUGUAUGAGGAAUUUAUACAUCUUUAUUAAUACAUUAUAUACAAAGAGUUACUCCACAUUUGUUGCCUCUAGCCUAUACUACGCAAUCUCAAAGAAUCCUUUAUACAUCAGUGCAAUGACAGCUGCCAAUUCCUCAUUAUUUCACAAUGUAAUUGGUCUGUUCUUUUUUAAGAAUGUCUUGCCUGUAAGAGUAGUAUUAGAAUAAAAAAAAAAUUCUAAAGAAACUUUUCCAACCAUAUUCUGAAACUUUCUACACCUACUCCUGUUCAGCCAUUCCAUAGUGUAAAACUAAUAAUAAAAACUUAUUUAGCUGGAGAGCAGGGUCUGCAUCAGCUCCAAUCCUUCAUCUUCCUUGUAUUUACUAGCAAGUCUGCAAUUUCAGUCUAGUCCCUCCUCAAUACAUGCAUGAGUAGAGUGGAGCAUAUAUUAUUUCGGGCAGCCUUUUACUAGUUAAUGGUUGCAACUGAAAACUGGGAGCCUUUAAUAUGACAUUUGUUUUAUAAAUAUUAACAAUUUUUGAGAAGUAUUAAACCCUGGAAUUUUAGUUGCAAAUAUGCUUGUUGAAAUGGUGAUAUAUGUAGCAAGACUGAC